AGUGUUUCUAGUCAAAAGUUCAGUGGCGUCUGGUGUGUCCGGUGUGCCGCCCCCUCCAGGCAUGACUCAGAGUAACGGGGAGACGCGUCUGCAGCGCAGCAGAGUGCAGCAGCUGCGGGACGGCAUCACUGAGCGCUCGCUGCGGGCCCGCACCUCCAUGCAGAACAUUACCACUAAUGACGUCAAAGGCUUCUUCAUUCGGAAUGCUUUCGUCAUCCUCACAGUCGUGGCCGUCAUCAUUGGUACAAUUUUGGGAUUCGGACUGCGGCCGUAUAAAAUGUCAUAUCGAGAAGUUAAGUACUUCUCUUUUCCCGGAGAGCUGCUGAUGAGAAUGCUGCAGAUGAUGGUGCUCCCCCUGCUGGUGUCCAGUUUAAUUACAGGUAUGGCCGCUCUGGACAGCCGAGCAUCAGGGAAGAUGGGUAUGAGAGCUGUAGUUUACUACACCACCACCACUAUCAUCGCUGUAAUCAUUGGGAUCGUCAUGGUGCUCAUCAUCCACCCUGGAAAAGGAUCUAGAGACGAAUUCAAAAAACAGGAGAAAAUAGAACAAGUCAGUCCAGCAGAUGCCUUCCUCGAUCUCAUCAGAAACAUGUUUCCUCCUAAUUUAGUGCAAGCUUGUACGCAACAGUUUAAAACACAGUAUGCUAAGCGAGUGGUCACAGUUAAAAUUCUGGUGAACGACACAUUGUUCAGUUUGAAUAACGGGUCGCAGGAACUCAAACGUGAAGAGAUGGUACCAGUGCUGGGAACAGUUAAUGGAGUCAAUGCACUCGGACUCGUGUUCUUCUCCAUGUGCUUUGGCCUCAUCAUUGGAAACAUGAAGGAGCAGGGCCAACCGCUACGGGAUUUCUUUGACUGUCUGAAUGAGGCCAUCAUGAGGCUAGUUGCAAUUAUCAUGUGGUACGCUCCACUGGGCAUAUUGUUCCUGAUUGCUGGAAAAAUAGUUGAGAUGGAUGAUAUAUCAGAAAUGGGAACCCAGUUGGGAAUGUACACCAUCACAGUCACCAUUGGCCUACUGAUACAUGCAGUCAUCGUACUGCCCUUCCUCUACUUCAUUGUGACGCGUAAAAAUCCUUUUGUGUUCAUCGCUGGACUUCUGCAAGCCCUUUUCACUGCUCUUGGUACCUCUUCCAGCUCUGCCACUCUGCCCAUCACCUUUAAGUGUCUAGAGGAAAAUAACCACGUGGAUAAACGAAUAACCCGUUUUGUGCUGCCCGUGGGAGCCACCAUAAACAUGGAUGGCACAGCUCUGUACGAGGCUCUGGCUGCCAUCUUCAUCGCACAGGUCAAUAACAUGGAGAUGAACUUUGGAGAGAUCCUAACCAUCAGCAUCACAGCAACAGCAGCCAGUAUUGGCGCAGCUGGAAUCCCUCAGGCCGGCCUGGUUACCAUGGUGAUAGUGUUGACUUCCGUGGGUCUGCCCACUGAUGACAUCAGUCUAAUUGUCGCUGUUGACUGGUUGCUAGAUCGGCUGCGCACCACCACAAAUGUUUUGGGCGACUCUAUUGGUGCUGGCAUAGUGGAGCACCUGUCCCGUCACGAGCUGCACUCUACCGAUGCCGAGAUCGGAAACUCCGUGGUGGAGGAGAAUGAGACCAAGAAAUCAUAUCAGCUCAUCUCUCAGGAGAGCGAGUGUGACAAUGCCAAGAACCCUGAUGGCGAGACCCAAAUGUAACUGCUUGUAUCCUGAGCAGAAAACUGGAUUUUUUGGUACAAACAUUAGUGACUUAGUCAGACACUAGUCUGAUAUUCAUCUCAAGUUUUUUUUAUAUGCUUGUCAAAGACAUCCAAAUGUGUUGAAGUCCAUUGCACAAGUAGAGAUGGACGUGUGUGUGGUCCACAGUGGUCCUCUUUGAACUGUUUUAUUGUAGAGUAAAUAGUUUAGAUUUCAUUAGACAUCAUUAGAUUUCAUUAGACAUAAUUUUAAAUAAUUUUCUAGAUGCAGGUUUGUUUUUGUUAAUUCAAGAGAAAAUGAAUGUAAUUUUGGAAGUUGUUUGUUGCUUCUACUUGAGCUGGCUAUGGUUUGUUGAAUUUUUAAAUAAGCAAUGAAUUGCAUCCAUUCAGUUUGUAACUGAGUGAGUAAUGCUAAAACAAUGUUAAAAAGAAAUAAGUGAAGCAUGUUUAAACUGGUUGUCAUGAAAAACACAGGAUGUUUUGAUAGCUUAAGCUGGAAAGUGAGUCGGUGAGUCCAGAAAUAACAGUACAAUGUUUUCAUGCUACAUGAUUUCAGCAGUCAUUAUCUGUGGUCACUUUGACUGCAUGCAUUGUUUUUGGAGAAACUGUAAAUUCAGCUGAUGUAAUCGUCUUAUUUCAAGGCUUUUAUAGAUAACUGUCAUUCUGUACAAAAUAAAGAAAUCUAUAAAUAAAAAAAGAGCAUUUUGGCCAGGA